GCUUUAGUUUUCUGCAGACAGAAAGCCUUUCAUCGUUGGCUUUGUCCUGAGCCUAUACUCUUCACAUAGUGUAUAAGACUUGACACUGGUGAGGAUAUUGGCCGUCCUCCAUACAGAGAUCAACAGAGGACUUCUGUAAAGAUGUCUUCAGCCAUGGAAGCUGAAUAUGAUUACAAUAAUUCAUUGGGAAUAGACUACAAAGAGGAGUUUGCUCCAUGUAAAUAUGAAAAACAUGGAGCUGCCUUCCUUCCAGCAGUUUAUUCUGUGUUGUUUGUAGUUGGGAUAAUAGGAAACGCUCUUGUUCUGUGGGUUGUGCUCUUGCAUGUAAAGUUGAAAAGCAUGACUGAUGUCUGUCUUCUUAACUUGGCCAUCGCUGACUUGCUGUUUGUUUUUUCCCUUCCAUUCCUGGCUCAUAAUGCCCGAGACCAGUGGGUGUUUGGUGAUCCCAUGUGCAGAAUAAUCCUGGGUUCUUACAACAUUGGCUUCUACAGUGGGAUCUUUUUCAUUACACUGAUGAGUGUAGACAGAUACUUAGCAAUAGUCCAUGCAGUGUAUGCACUGAAAGCCAGAACAGCAAUAUAUGGAGGAAUCGCAAGUGUGGUCACCUGGAUAGUUAGCAUUUUAGCUUCAUUUCCUGAGAUCAUGUACAUUACAGUUAACCUUGAGGAAGAGAAAUCCAGAUGUCUGCCUCUGUAUUUUGAAAAUGACAAACAGCCCCUGAGGGUAUUUAGUGCAUUUAAACUUAACGUUCUGGGUCUGCUGCUUCCCUCAGUCAUCAUGGUGUUUUGCUACUCAAUGAUCAUAAGAAGGCUGCUCACAUCCAUGUCAGCCAAGAGGCAUGCCAUCAGACUUGUUCUCUGUGUAGUCAUGGUCUUUUUCUUCUGUUGGACUCCAUAUAACAUUGCAUGUUUUUUUAAGGGCUUACAGCUUCUUGAUAUUAUCAGCUCAUGUCCAUCCAGCAAGAAAAUUAUUUUGAGUCUCCAAAUCACCGAGAUAGUGGCCUACUCGCAUAGUUGUUUGAACCCCUUCAUUUAUGUUUUUGUUGGAGAAAAAUUUAAGAGGCACCUCUCCAGGCUAGUAGCUGGUGGUCCCUGUAAAAACUGUAAAAUACUGAAAAAGUAUAUGACACCAACGACAGGUUCUGUAUAUUCACAGUCAAUAAGCAUGGGUGACAAUUCCGUACUUUCUAUACUAUAAAAUGUAAAUAAUAUGUAAUACAAAAAAAAAAGACAGGACAGCACAGAGGUGCAGUGGUUAGCAUUUCCGUCUGGCAGUACUGGCUCCUGGUUUCUGUUCUGGCUCUUCACCAAAACAUAAACAGGAGUAGUGAAUCAUACCAACGACCGGAGAAAAAAAAGGCAAAACUGCUUUUUGUCUGCAUCCCAGAAAUCAUUUUCUGAUUAAGCUAAAAUACAGAUUUUUCAUGGAGCUUCACAAAGCCUCCUCUUGCUUGUAUCCUUUCUGAUUUUCCUAUAAAGUAGAGAGAGACUCUGGUCUUCAAGGAGGGAUUGUGUGUGAGGCAGCUGUAUGAACAACUGGUGAGUUUUUGCUUUGUUGAUGUUUUAACGUGAGAUUUCAUUAAGAAAACCUGACAUUUAUAUUUAGUGAAUAUGAAUGGAGCUGAAUUCAAUUUAAUUCACAGAAGAGUAUAUGUUAUGUUAAGUAAGUUUUUACUGUGCUUAUUUGAGAUAAAGUUUGCAAAUGUGUUUAAACAAAAGGAUGUUGUUUUCAUUUAUUUACAUUUUCAUGCA